AUGUGGCUCUUCCGCGCCAUCUCGUCGGGACUCUUCCUGACCGUCACGGUCGCAUCCAUCCCUCUCGCGUUCGAUGUGGGUGGAAAGACAUGCGGUCUGGCCUAUUCGCUUUCCCUCGCGACCUUUUACUUUCUGUUCUCACUCCUGCGACUUUCCACCCCCGAUCGGUCCUGGAUCCGCUCCUCCCUGGUCGUCAUCAUCAGCUCUACGCAGUGGCUUAUAAUCCCGAUCCUGCUUAUCUGGUCGCUCAACCGCUUCUCUAUCGAUAAUGACAACGCGGCUUCAUGGGUGGAACGGACCUUCACCGGCAAGAGGGCCCACGACUCCUCCAUUCAGGAGUGGGUGUUUGGUCCGGAUGGUUUGGCGGAAUCGGUGACGAUUGGCAACUGGGAUAAACUCUUGAGAUGGUCGACACCGGUAUUCCAGCUGGUGGAAGGGUUCUGCAGUUUACUCGUCAUACAAGCUGCAGGGCAAAUCACUCGGUGGCUCGUGAACCGCGGCGGGCGCAGUGAUAGUUGGAUGAUUGGUCUCUUGGUUUUAUCCGCCUCAAUCAUAUCCAGCUCCGUGUAUUUCCUCUGGCGUGUUAUGCAGUUCCCGGAAAUUUCCAAUGUGGAUGCGGCUCUAAUUGGUGUCUCCAUAACAUGCGCGGUGAUCUUGUGCGCCUGGGGUAUUGGUAGCGGCCGGGGAAAUCCAGUGGAGAGUUCCUUGCUAUUUGCCUACAUUGUGCUCUGCCUCUACCAGAUCUUCACAGACUACAAACCCUCUCACCCUCUGGAACAAGCGCCCUCUCCUGCUCAAGCCGGGGAUUUCCCGCCGCUACCACCGAUCAUCAUGGAGUCGUACACCACUCUGAUGCAUGCAUUGUCCACCCUGCCUUCAAUCAUCCACGCCUUGUUCAAUGUUAUCACCGCAGUCUUUGGCGCCGUGACUCCCUCCGUGUUAGUCUCGCUUACCUACCGGAUCCUGGUGCUGUACGCGUCCACUCGAAUCAUUCCCGCAGUUCGCGAAUCUGGCGCUCGCGCCUUGUCGCAAGAAGCCUCGUUGGACGACUCCGAUGCCGCCGGCCAAUUCCUCGGUUUCCUCAGCUACUUCUCCCCCUCGAUUCUCAUCGCCGUGUACACCAGCCUUCUGAUGCAGCACUUCGCUCUGACAUCUCAAGCAAUGGGUGGCAGUGGUGAAUGGUGGAGCAGCCAAGGCGGUGGCGGCGGCAACCUCUGGCGCUGGAUCAACCUUGCCUGCACGAUGGGCUUGUACGCUGUUGAGCUCUACCUCGGCGAGAACGAUGAUCUAGAUACCGGCUUGGCUGGUCACUGGAAAACCGACUGA